AUGGUGGAGAACUGCACCCAAGUAACCCGGUUCCUCCUGCUGGGGCUCACAGAGCAGGAAGGGCCCAAGGGCAUCCUCUUUUUGUUCUUCCUGUUCAUCUACUCCAUCACCCUCACGGGCAACCUGGGCAUGAUCACCCUGAUCCACACAGACUCUCAGCUCCACACGCCCAUGUACUUCUUCCUGAGCAUCCUCGCCUUCAUAGACUCCUCUUUCUCCACGAUAAACACCCCCAGCCUGCUGGAGAGCUUCCUCACCUCAGGCCUGUCCAUCUCCUUUGCAGGCUGUGUGGUCCAGAUGGCCCUCAUGACUCUCCACGGUGCUGCUGAGUGUCUGCUCUUGUCCAUCAUGGCCUAUGACCGAUUUGCCGCCAUCUGCCACCCUCUUCUCUACCACACCAUCAUGUCUCAACGUCUGUGUGUCCGGCUGGUAGUGGCCACCUAUACGGCUUCUGUUGCCAAUUCAGCUUUGCUGACUGGGUACAUCUUCAAGCUGCCCUACUGUGGCCCCAACGUCAUUAAUCACUAUUUCUGUGACAUCCCCCCUGUGCUCCAGCUUGCGGUUUCCUAUGCCUACAUCCUGGUGACUAUCUGCAGGAUACGCUCCCUGGAGGCUCAGAGCAAAACACUCUCUACCUGUGCCUCCCACCUCACCAUCAUCUGCCUCUUCUAUGGCACUAUCACCUUCAUGUAUGCUCAGCCAAGCUCUCACAGUUCCACAGAGCAGAACAAGGUCGUGUCUGUCUUCUCUACACUGUGGUCAUCCCCAUGCUAA